AAAAAAUGGCUACAAGUUAGAAAAGUCAUCCUCAUCACACCAACAAAUCGAUUGUCCUGACAGUUACUACGCAGUGACAUAACGUGAGAUUGUUUUGCACAUGACUUUUUUUAUUUAUUAAUCUAUAUCUUGUGUAUAGAGCAACAAAAGUGAAUCAUAUUGAAAGAGGCACAAACAUGGCUGCAUUACCAGCAGCUAAAGGGACUUACCAGUUUGAAACCCAGGGCAGUUUUGACUGGGAUAAAUAUUUAGUAGAGACUGGAUCAAAGCCAGCUCCAGAAAGCUGUUUCAAACAGUCUUUUACUCCGCCUGCUAAUGAAUUCAAACUAAAUAUGAAGAUAGAGGCAGUUGAUCCUAGAAAUCUGACAUCUAUCUGUGUGGCAACAGUGGUGGGAAUGAUUGGCCCUCGUCUUCGACUCCGGCUGGAUGGAAGUGAUGACAAAAAUGACUUCUGGAGACUUGUGGAUUCCUCAGAUCUCCAUCUCAUCGGUUAUUGUGAAUUGUAUGGAGGACUUCUACAACCUCCCCUAGGUUUCAGAAUGAACCCAUCUUCCUGGCCAGCAUUCUUGAAAAAGUCAUUAAAUGGAGCAGAAGUUGCCCCUGAGGAAUGCUUCAAAAAGGAACCUCUAACACCUAAAUGUAAUGAGUUCAAGGUGGGAAUGAAGUUGGAAGCAGUUGAUAGAAAAAAUCCACAGCUGAUAUGUCCAGCCACGGUUGGUGCAGUGAACGGUGACCAGAUUCAUGUUACUUUUGAUGGAUGGAGAGGAGCAUUUGACUAUUGGUGCCGAUACGACUCCAGGGACUUGUUUCCCUGUAACUGGUGUUCCAAGAGUGGUCACCAACUACAACCUCCUGGUCAGAAAGGAAACCCACCAUUAAAGUCCUCUAAAGGAAAGGAAGUGCCAUUGUCCAUAUCUCUGCCAGCAUCCAACACCUCAGGAAAUAGCGGAUCCAAAGCAUCUCCAUCUCUCGGUGGUGGAGCUGGGAAAUCCCUCCACUCAAACACUACUAGUCCCAAUCUGACUGAUAAUAAGCCACUCUCUCCCAGAGAGGCGGAGUCUCCUAUAGUCACAGUUACAGAACCUGACACAAGUUCACCAAGUACUGCCACAGUGUGUGUAUAUGUGAACCAUGGUUGUAACUGUGGGAUGUACCUACAAUCAAGAAAGAUCUCUCAGCUACCUAGUCAGUUUGGUCCAGGAACAAUGGUGAAAGUUCUCAGAGAAGUUGUUCAAACGUGCAUAGAUAGUGCUACUCAUGAAAAGCAGGUGUAUAACUGUAUUCAAGAAGGCAGUGGCAAAGUCAUUGUCACAGCAAACCAAGGAAACAAAACACAUACAAAGAGGCUUCCUGUCAUUGACAAAGUAUCAAGUCUUUGGAGUUUUAUAGAGCGCAUGCUGGAGGACCUCGGAUGUUGUGAGAACCUGUUCACCAGUCAACCUCUCCACGGAUUUUGUCCAAAGUGUGGUAGGAGCAAAAACAAGACAGAAGAUGAAACUGAAAAAUUAACAAAAAUCAUUAUGAAAAGGCGAUGGUCUACAGAAUCACUGGACAGUCAAAAAGGAAGUAAACACCAAAAGAUGAGGCGGUACUCAGAAUAUACCGCUGAAGCAAGCUCCACAACUGCAGACCCCAAACCAGUCCAAAAGUUAGGGAAUGACCCCCUGGAAUGGUCAAUUGAGGAGGUCAUCCACUUCAUAUGUGAUACAGAUGCUGCCUUGACACCUCACACUGAACUCUUCAGGAAACAUGAAAUAGAUGGAAGAGCUCUGUUACUGUUGAACAGUGACAUGAUGAUGAAAUACAUGGGACUCAAACUGGGCCCUGUUCUCAAACUUUGUAAUAUUGUGGAGAAACUCAAGAAUAAGAAGUGAAAAUGGUCUUUGCAAUGUUGAAGUUCUUUUACGGAAGUGUGUUUCUACCAACUGGAUUACACUGUUAUGCGAAAAGAAUGGGACUUUCUGUGGUAGACCAGUUUACUAAACUUGACCUUCGUACAGGUGGUGUAAACUUAGGUUUAUUUCAUAUAAUCACACGGUAAUUCAUGAAAUGCAGAUUUGUGCUGAGUUGUAUAAAGACUGUCCUUUCUGAUUGUGAAAAACUGCCAGUUAAUCAGCCUUAAUGGAUAUCCAAGAUUUUAUAACCAUACCUCAUUUUACCUCAGAGUUCACUACAGGAUUAUGAUCAAAUUAAAAUACGCUAACAAAAUAGAGGUAUCAUAAAUUUCUGUGCUGAGCCCUUGAAUCUUAAAGGGAUGACAGGUAUUCAAAUUAUAUUGUUAACAAGUUCAUGACCUACACAAAAAAAAUGCAAGGUCAUAAUAUCAAAGUAUGAAAUUCAAAUGGUUUUAAUUUUCAUCACUUUUCUCAGACACAUUUAUUGAAAAUGAAGCUGCACAUUUGCUUCAAUUUCCUGUACAAACACUACCAAAAGAAAUCAAAUUCAGAUGGCUAUGAACACCUUGAGAGAUUUUGACUCUUCUUGUCCCACCUUGUAUAUCACAAGAUCUUAUUUUGUAAAAUGUUAAUAUUUAGAUGGUUUAGGAUGUUUCAGGAAUUAAUUCUAUGCUGAUGGCACAGGAACUUAUAUAUACAAAUAUUAGAGAAUCAUUGAAACUACAAGUUUUAAAUGCAAAUAAAAAAACUGAACAAAAUUUCUAACAGCCAUGCUGGUAUGAUUGCAUUUUGGAUACUGUUAAAUACAGCUAACAGGUCUAUGUUCCUGCCUGAUUAUUUGAAUUAAAACAAAUCUAUUCAGUCCCUAAGAAUCUAUGAAGAUAACAUUUGAUAUUUCGUGUACCUGGUAUAAUUCAGCCUGUAAGAGCAAUUGGAGUCUGAUAUCUGACUGUCCUGAAUGUAAGCCACAACUGAAUUGCGAGGCACCAAAAGACAUUAAUAGAUAAAUUAGCUGCUGGGAUUGUUUCGCAAUGUAAGACAUUGAAUAACUAAGCUGUUUCAUAAUAGUUAAUAGAAUGGAUUAGCUGUGAGGUGAGAACAGUUCAGCUGUGUGGUGAGAAUGGAUCAGCUGUGAGGAACACAUGAGAAUGGAUCAGCUGUUAGGAACACAUGAGAAUGGAUCAGCUGUGAGGUAAGAACAGAUCAGCUGUGAAGUGAGAACAGAUCAGCUGUGUAGUGAGAAUGGAUCAGUUGUGUAGUGAGAAUUGAUCAGCUGUUAGGAACACAUGAGAAUGGAUCAGCUGUGAAGUGAGAAUGAAUCAGUAGUUAGGAACACAUGAGAAUGGAUCAGCUGUGAGGUGAGAAUGAAUCAGAUGUGAGGUGAGAAUGGAUCAGCUGUGAUAAAAAGAGAAUGACAGGUGUGAGAAAAGUUAUUGAGAAAGGAUCAGGUUUUAGAUAAUAAUUAAAUUGGUUAAAACAAUAAGAUUAGUAAUGGACACGAUUCCUUCAUAUUUGAAGUAUCUACAGCAGUUAUUAGGAAUUUCACUGCUGUGCCACAGUAUUUUACCUUACUAAUGCUUUGACUUCCCUGUCUAAUGUGACACCCUGGGUGGUCCAGAAAGUUGGCUGGAUAUGAUGAGGUAUCAUAAAAUAUGGUAUCAUUUCAGAAGCAACUUCUUACUGGCUCAUACAGACCAUUCAUUUUUUGCUUUCAAGUAUAUAUAAUGUUUAUUGCAAAUUCUUAGAAUCUGCUCAGGUGUGACUUUUGUAUAUAUAUUAACAUAUACUUAUUACCUUAAGUGGUAUACUUGCUUGUUACUAAGUGGUACCUACAUUACAUCCUUUUGUUUAUUUUUGGGUUUGACUUGUUACAUUUUAUUGGUUCCUACAAUAUACAUUCUUGUUCAUUUACUUUAGUUGACAUUAUUUUAAGCUAAGAUAUAUAUAAUGUACCUCUAGAACUGGAAAAGUUGAAUUCCUUCCAUAAUUUGAUAUGUUGCGAAGUCCGGAAUAUUCCCUUUUGUAAAUUCUUAAGACUGCAAAGUCCAAAAUGUUCCCCUUUAUAAACUCAACCUGUACCUCCUAUAUAUUUGAGCUGACCAUGCAUUAAUUUUCCAGCUCCCCCAGCUCCUUGCAAAGUGUCCCCUAUUGUAAUUUCAUCGUUAUUAUUUUACCAGGAUAUAUGUAAACCUUUGAAUGAAAUUUCAAAUGUUCAUUCAAGUUAAUGGAGUAGUUUGAUCCAGUUAUAUAUAUCUUUACUAUUAAAUGUCAAAAAUCCCCAUGUACCAGAUUGAAACAUGAUUUUCAUCCUUACGCCUUUACAGCUAUUUUUAUCGUUUAUAGUAAUCAUUUAUUUGUGAAAAGUUUGGAACAAAAAAUCAUUUGCUCUGUAGGUUGAUUUCUUUAAUUAUCCUGGUAAUUUUAGUUUGUGAUUUUAUUCUAUUUGUAUAGCGAGAAAUACAACCCAUCAAAAUCAAUUAUAAUCUGUCACACUGUAUUACUGACGAGCACACCCUAUCUGUAGAUGAUGGAAGUGUAACACAAUUGUAAUUAGUAUCAAUUUUACAUUAUCCAAUAUAAAAAAUAGAGGCUUCAUGGAGUCAAACAUUUCUUCAUUGGACAGUUUGCUUGUAAAGUAGGUGGGGCUUCAGACCUUUUAACAAGACAGACUUGUUGUGUAGGUGGGGCUUCAGACCUUUUAACAAGACAGACUUGUUGUGUAGGUGGGGCUUCAGACCUUUAAACAAGACAGACUUGUUGUGCAGGUGUUCAGCUGUAGGGAAUUCGAAAGUUCCAACUUUUGGUAACUGCACAAAUAAUGCUAUCUGUAUGAUUAGAUACAAAAUAAAUUGUUUUUAACAAUUUUAAUUGGUUACCAAGAAGCUUCUCUUAAGUGAAAAAACAUGUUUUUGUAAUUCAAAACUAACUCAAAACAAGUAUCGGUGAAGGCCAAAAUUACAAAUAUUCCUGGCUACCAUAUUGCUUCAGCAUAUAGAUGUGAUUAUUAAAUGAAAUUACAUAUAGACACAUUUGAACGGCCCCAGGCGCAAAGUAAUUAUUAACCAUUAUCUUAAAUCAAACUUCAGUAAAAUGACGACACUGAUGCCAAUAAAGACUAGAUAAAGCCACAACAGUACUAGUAUUAUCAGUGGACUUGAUCAAUGUGCUACACAAUUGGGACCACAAACAUGUUAGGGUAGCGGCAGUUCUGUUUGCAAUCUGAACUCAAUCAGCUGAACGACAAACAGAAUAUGCUGUCAGUAUUAUUGUUCCUCUGGAUAUUCCAAAUUCCUAUUUCUGUGGCUAUUUUGAUCAAUGUGAAUACGUGUGAAUACAAAAUGAUGUGCCAAAAUCAAAUGUAUUUUCCAGUGUUGUCAACAUUUGAUUCAAACUCCGCCUUCUUAAAAUACAGCCAAUCAUGAUCACCGCCACCGUAACACCAGUGGGACAGGCAUUCUUAUUGUAGUACACACAAUACAGUUAACACUUGUCAAGGUAGUGAAGUACUUUCCUCAUCCACAGAUCGCUACAUAUAUUUUUACCGGCUGUAAAUAUUCUGAAAUUAAGACCACAUAUUACACAGUCAGUCAGUCAAUGUGCUAGAUAUUCUCAUAUAAGGACAACAUGUUACACAGCCACCAUGUUAGAUGUUCCCAUAUAAGGACAACAUGUUACAAAGCCACCAUGUUAGAUAUUCUCAUAUAAGGACAACAUGUUACACAGUCACCAUGUUAGAUAUUCUCAUAUCAGUACAACGUGUUACACAGCCACCAUGUUAGAUAUUCUCAUAUAAGGACAACAUGUUACACAGCCACCAUGUUAGAUAUUCUCUUAUCAGGACAACAUGUUACACAGCCACCAUGUUAGAUAUUCUCAUAUCAGGACAACAUGUUACAAAGCCACCACGUUAGAUAUUAUCUUAUCAGGACAACAUGUUACACAGCCACCAUGUUAGAUAUUCUCUUAUAAGGACAUGUUACACAGCCACCAUGUUAGAUAUUCUCUUAUAAGAACAACAUGUUACACAGCCACCAUGUUAGAUAUUCUCAUAUCAGGACAACAUGUUACACAGCCACCAUGUUAGAUAUUCUCAUAUCAGGACAACGUGUUACACAGCCACCAUGUUAGAUAUUCUCAUAUCAGGACAACAUGUUACACAGCCACCAUGUUAGAUAUUCUCAUAUAAGGACAACAUGUUACAUAGCCACCAUGUUAGAUAUUCUGAUAUCAGGACAACAUGUUACACAGCCACCAUGUUAGAUAUUCUCUUAUCAGGACAACAUGUUACAUAGCCACCAUGUUAGAUAUUCUCAUAUAAGGACAACAUGUUACACGGUCACCAUGUUAGAUAUUCUCUUAUAAGGACAACAUGUUACACAGCCACCAUGUUAGAUAUUCUCAUAUCAGGACAACAUGUUACACAGCCACCAUGUUAGAUAUUCUCUUAUAAGGACAACAUGUUACACAGCCACCAUGUUAGAUAUUCUCAUAUAAGGACAACAUGUUACACGGCCACCAUGUUAGAUAUUCUCAUAUCAGGACAACAUGUUACACAGCCACCAUGUUAUAGAUAUUCUCUUAUAAGGACAACAUGUUACACAGCCAACAAUUUAAAUACAUGUAUUCUCAUAUCGGGAUUAUCUAGGACAACAUAUCAAUUUGUGAGAUAUUCUCUAUUUGUACCAUGAAUUUGGAUAUGAAAAUGUAUUGCUUGGAUUUCUGUUACUGUUUAAGUAUCUUUCUUCUAAAACAUGUUCACACCUUCAGUAAAUCAUUCAAUGGUGUAAGAUUGUUGGGUAUGAAAAGCUAUUUGCAAAUUGUCGUUAUUUACAGUCUCACAUAAAGUGGCAUCCAGCUGUAUACUUUGUAAUUUAAUUCAAUAAGUUUUUUUUUAUUAUUGUUAAUGAAAAUCAGUAUAAUGUUGAUAUUUCUGUACAACAUAUAUAGGGCGUGUUGAUAUUUGUAAAUGGCCAAUACUUUGAUACCUGAAUCAUUCAAUUGUUGUACGAUGAUUCAUUGUGUGGCGACAUCUUAUUGUUUAUAGUGUCAUUUCAUAUAAAUUGUAUGUAAAUUUUGCUCGUAAACAAUGUAUGUAAAUUUUGGUUUGUUAGUAUUGUUAAUAUGUAGCCUAUGCAGAAAUGACAGUUCAUUUUGUACUGUAAUGCUUUGUUGCUAAAUAAUGUCAUAAUGUCCAGCUAAACACCAUUUUUUUGUCACACAGUUCAUAAUUUUCUAUGUUAGGUUUAUUGUGUACAGGCCACCUAUGCAGAUAGAAAUAAGAGUUUGAUAUCUUUGACAAGGAUGCUUUCAUGUCAGCUAACAAUGUUGUCUUUCUGUGUAUCAACCAGUUGUACAUUAUCAUAUUUCUCCCUAGAAGAUUUUAAGAGAAUAUUCUUUAAGCGAUUGAUCAUUAAUAACAUACAAUAUGUAUAAAUAUUCUCCAUGAUCACCUUGUUUGAUGUUUAGAACAAUAAACAACCUAAAGCUAUAUAUAUAUAGCUAUUAUUUAUAAAGUACAGUGUAGUGUUCCUAUGAUGUAAAGUGAAAUUCAGGGUUUGCACACGGUAUUUUAUAAAACAGAUUUUUUUUCAGAUUAAAUUGGGUCCCUCUGUAUAGUUUUAAUUGACUCCCUGGAAAUAAGAGAGGUUCUCUUCAUUUUUCAUGCUUCAAAAAGCUAUAUAGGGUUGGCUUCAGCGUAACACUAGCUCUAAAGUCUAGACUACAUGUGUACCAACCAAUGACAAGAAUAGUUUCAAGUGUGUCUAUAGUGUAGUAUAAAAACUUAUCUUCAAUUAAACACCUGUAUUAUGACCUUUCAAAUUAAAAUUUUGAGCACUAUCUAAUUCAGAUGGACGCUAUUUACUGUCAAAGAGAUGUGUCAAGGUUAUAAAAAAAGCAGACUUAAUUUUUCAGCUUUCAACCAAUUUUUGUGAACCUUUUAUAAUGUGCACAUGAUCAAUACAUGAAGACUGCAUUUCCUUUUUCUUUUAAACGAUUCGCUGAUGAGUUAUGCCCCUUUGAAGAUAUCAUAAUUUAGCCUCGGUAUGUGUUGUAUAUCAUAACUGAUAUAAUAUCCGGACUAAUACCAGGUUUUGUUUAUGGUAGAAUAAGACAGUUGAUAACUAAAAGUAGAGCUGGUAGUGGUCUCUCUGGUAUUGUCCCAAUAUCCAAAAAUGUUGUAUAUAAUGUUGCUUAUAAUUUUGCCUUUAAAAUGUAUUGUGUAUAACAGUCUAUUGUAAACUAAAUCACACUAUUGUAUCCUUAUUGGUAUUUCUAUAUCAUUAUUAUUAUCAUCAUUAUGGACUUAACAUCUUCAGGACCUAGAUUGUGAUUGAAUUCAAUUGGUAUACAUAUAUAUUUUCUCUCUCAUUGUAUGCAAUCGUAUGGUCAUAUAGGUGUGGGUAUGUAUGUGGUUGUUUUGUUAAUUUUCAGCGAAUAUGAUUGCUUUGGAAUAUCUCUGUAUUAAUACAUCUGAAGUAAGAAGUGAUGUCUUUUGGAACAUCUCUAUAUUCAUACAAGUGAAGAAAUGACAGUUUUGUGUUGUGAUUAGAUACCUGUACAUUCCCAUGAACCGCCGGGGCAUGGCACAGAAGAGUGAUCAUACAAUAUCUGUAUAUAUUUUACAGAGUGUGUGAUUAGGGUUCUGUUCCAUACUCUGUGUUGUCAAUUAUAUGGUGCUGCUUUAAACAAAAGACUUUUUCUAAUGAUAAAAAAUCUGUGAUCCAAAUUAUUACAACGCAUACCUCCUUAAAGUAAUGAAUAUUAAAUGUUGCUAAAGACUUAAAUGAAAAUGAAAUGAAAUUGAGAAUUCAUUUAUAUAUCACCUGAAAUGGAUACAGAUAUUAUAAUAUGAAAAGACAAUUAUUGUAUCAUUAUAUUAAUAUUUUUUAAUUAAAGUACUAAAUUAAUGACUGAUUUAAGAUAUGACAUUUAGUAAAAUCCCAUUUUGUCCUCGGAUAUUUAGGGGUAUAUUGCUCCAUGCACUAAUGAAUUCUGAACAGUUUUAUAAUAAUACAGGUGUUAGUUUUGUGCAUUUUCAUUUAUAUAUUCCUAUUGUUCUGCUUACAUUAGACACCUGUGCCGAGAGCUUCAUAAGCAUAACAUUGUGUCAUUUUUUCUUGCUUACCUGGUUUCAAGGGUGUGGAAAAUCUAGAAAGAUGCCAACAAUAAAAGAGCAUCCAAUUCAAUGUUGUAUAAAGAUUCCAGUACAGAUUUAUCCAAGUGUUUCAUGUAUCAAACAUGCUGAUAUAGAUACUUAGUAUCCUGCCAAGUGAUGUUGGCAGGGUAUAUUCUGUACAAUAUACACAUUCAAUGAAUUCCAUACUAAGACAGUUUCUAGAGCAUAAGUUAACUUUUUUUAUGUGUGUCAGUAUUAUUGUUUAGAAGUACAUUUCUCUGUAGUGCCUUUUGAUAUGGUGAAACAUUCUUUUUUUUCUGGUUUUCUCUGUUAUGGAAACAAUUGGCCAAAAUCAAUUUUUGAUCACUAGUAUUGCCAUUUCAGGAGCAUAUGUCGAGAACCAAGAUAUCUUUACCAAACUUUAUAAAGUUUUCAACUAUAAUGCUUCCUUCAGUAGGAACCUUGACAGAUUUCCAUAGAGAAUAUUUACUGUUUAUUGCCUAUACCAUAAUUCACAAAUCUAUACAACACAUACAAAUUCAGAACACCCAAUGUCUGAACUUGUAUUGGAAUACUUACUGAAAUUUCAUUGUAAUCAGAGAUGGUGGAAAAUAUAAAAAGUUCAAUUACACAGGAUCCUCUUCUUUCCAAAUUAAAACUUCUUGUGAGAUUGCUUUUGUUUUUUUGAACAAAUUUCUUUGUAUUUCUUAGAUAUGUUAGUGUGUUUGUAUGAACUUAAUCUACAAUUUUUAAGGGACGAACUAGACAUUAAUGUGACAUUUCCGUCCUACUUCAGGUAUGACUGCAUUUGAUAAUGUUGUCAGAACUGCAUACAAUUUACCAGGGCAUACAUUGUCUCCGAUUGUAAAACACUUGAGGAAGUUCAGUAUUUGAGAUAUUUAGCUUUCUUUUACAGUAUCUUGUAAAUUUCUAUGGUAAUAAUAUACAAUUUUGUGUUAACAAACCAGAAGGAACAAUUAGCUACUGUAAAAGUGUUAAUGUUGAAGGGACAAUUAGCUACUGUAAAAGUGUUAAUGUUGAAGAAUCUUCAACACCAGUUUUUCAUUAUGAUUCAAUACAAUUUAUCAUAUCACUUUAAACAAACCCACUUCCAUUAAAGAGUUAUUGACAUAUCACAAAUACUGUUGUAUGUCAGAAAUGUUCUUUGUUUCUGGCAAAAUUAAUGAGCAUGUACAUGUGUACAUAAUCAUCAUGGCUUGAAAAACUGCUGCAAUCUUGUGCAAUCUACCUUUCGGAAGAAAAUCCUGAACAAAUUGUUUCAACAUGCGACAUAAUUUUGCAUAAAAGAUAUAUGACAUGGAAAUCCAUUAUAUUUCAUUAUUAUUAGCGAGAUGUAUUACAGAUGUGUCUGGUUGAUGUUGUGUUACUUAAUUCAAUGCAAGGUAAUUGCUCAUAACUCAACCAUUGUGAAUUAGUUUGACAUUGCUAGUUAAUGAAUCUAUGCCAUGCUAUGUAAAUACAAUGCAAUAUAUAAUGCUUUUUGAUGGAAGCUACUGUACAAGUGUAAAUGUUUAAAUGAUUGAUUCAUGGAUUGAAUGACUGAUUCAUGGAUUGAAUAUUUAUGAUUACAUUGUAUCCCUCAUAAUAAAAUUUAAUAUUUACAUCAAUGCAUAUACUAUUUAAUCAUUUCAUUUUCAUCUUUGAUAUGAACUAAUUUAUUGAUUGCCAUGGAAACCUAUUGAUAUUGAAUAUCAUUUCAACAUGUCUAUUAUAUGGUUUCAUACUAUACAUACACUAAUUAAAUAAACAUGUACAAUUUGAUUGCAUAAUUUCAACAAAAAUCAUUUGUGGUCUUUAUAAGGUAAGCAUGUUACCUCAUCUACAUACAGGUAUUUAUAACUAUGAUUAAUUGAAGAUGUUUUGGUGUAUGAGUAAUGAAAUAUACUAUUUUAUGCAAUUAUGUAAUCUCUGAGAGUAGACAAAGUGCAUGUAAAUAUAGGGAACUGAUAAAUAAAUGAUUGUGCAAUGUUUAUGAAAUUAAGGAAUCUCUAAUAAAAAGUAUCAAAUGUUA